GUUCGGUCCAGUGUCAUUAGUUCUCUUUAGUGUUUGCCAAUGUUGGAGGUCUGGCCGCGGACUGAGAUAUAGAGCAUGGCUCAAGUGAAAGUGCAGACCUCAGCGCACGCCGUGCCCUCCAUCAAUGGCACUGUGCCCACCGUCCCACCAGCUCCUCCCCAGGAUAACAUGGCAAACCCUAAAGAGAAAACUCCGAUGUGUCUGGUGAAUGAGUUAGCCCGUUUCAACCGGAUCCAGCCGCAGUACAAACUGCUGAACGAGCGGGGGCCUGCACACGCCAAGAUCUUCACUGUACAGUUGUGUUUAGGGGAGCAGGUGUGGGAAUCUGAAGGCUCCAGCAUUAAGAAAGCUCAACACUCAACAGCCAAUAAAGCGCUGGCAGAGAGCUCGCUGCCCCACCCCCCGCCACGCAUCACUAAACCAGACACACACACCAAUCCAGGCAGCAUCACCCCCACUGUGGAGCUGAAUGGAUUGGCGAUGAAGCGAGGAGAACCGGCUGUCUACAGGCCGCUGGAACCCAAACCCCUCUACAACUACAGGGCCAACUACAACUUCAGAGGAAUAUUCAAUCAGAGGUAUCACUAUCCAGUCCCCAAGGUGUUCUACGUGCAGCUGACGGUAGGCAGUAACGAGUUUAUUGGCGAAGGUCGAACUCGCCAAGCAGCUCGGCACAACGCAGCCAUGAAAGCUUUGCAGGCGCUGAGGAACGAACCCAUUCCUGAAAAGCAACCUCAGAGUCCAGAGGAGAAAAAAGGCUCGGAGGAGGACAGCGACGCAAAUAAAUCUGAAAUCAGUCUGGUGUAUGAGAUUGCACUGAAGAGGAACAUGCCUGUGAAUUUUGAGGUGCUGAAGGAGAGCGGCCCACCCCACAUGAAGAGCUUCCUGACCCGCGUGACGGUGGGCGAGUUCUCCGCCGAGGGUGAGGGCAACAGCAAGAAGCUGUCGAAGAAGCGUGCAGCUUUCUCCAUCCUGCAGGAGCUGAAGAAGCUUCCCUUCAUCCCUGUAGUGGAGAAGCCCAAAGUGCACUAUAAGAAACGGCCCAAGACCAUACUCAAGGCGGGGCCGGAGUACGGUCAGGGCAUGAACCCCAUCAGCCGACUCGCACAGAUCCAGCAGGCUAAACGAGAGAAAGAGCCCGAGUACACACUGCUGUCUGAGAGAGGCCUGCCACGCCGCCGAGAGUUCAUCAUGCAGGUGAAGGUGGGUGAUGAAGUGACCUCAGGAACAGGGUCAAAUAAAAAAGUCGCUAAACGUGCAGCUGCAGAGGCGAUGCUGCUCCAUCUGGGAUACAAAGCCUCCACGCCUAUUCAGAACACACAGGAGAAGCCACACAUGGACAACAAAAGCUGGAAUGGACAAAGAGCCACUUUCCCCGAAGCCAGCACUAACACGCAGAAAGGAAUCCUCCACCUCUCUCCGGAUGUGUACCAGGAGAUGGAGGCCAGCAGGAAUAAAGGUGGCACUACCCCCUCCGUCACCCCUAUGACCCCCGUGACCUCUGUGACCUAUAUGAACCCGAAAGAAGUGAGCCAGGCACCGUUUUACAACAACAGCGCCUCAAAGACAGCCGCCAUCGCACGGGAGCUGCUGAGCAAAACGCCAAAAACACCCACGAUCCCUUGCAGCUCCGUUCAGCCAUCGCAGCAGCUCGAGUACCUCGCUCACAUUCAGGGCUUCCAGGUGCAGUAUACGGACAGACAGACGGACACAGAGUUUGUGACGUAUCUCACUCUCUCACCCGUUCAGAUGACGUUCCACGGCAUUGGGAGCUCCAUACAGGCCAGCCAUGACCAGGCGGCUCUGAGUGCCUUGAAGCAGCUUUCGGAGCAGGGACUCGACCCGGUGGACGGAGGAGUCAAGGUAGAGAAUGGAUCCUGUGAAAUAUCGGUGAAGCAUCCGGAUGGGAAACAGACUAACUCAGGCUCUCAGGACUGCGCAGAUCCGAACGCUGUCGUGUAGAAAACGAGUCUUCGCGAACGCCGCCGGAUUCCUCGGAACAUCGACACGCAAUAGGGUGGAUGUGUCUCAACAACAUGACGUAGAACAACACACACUCGCUCUCAGUCUAUGUGAAGACAACACUAUCUUAACCUUUAGUUACUAUGGAAAAUUUAACUUGCUAACAAAUGUAAAAAAAAAAAAAAAAAGAAAACCAAACCAAAAAAAAAGAAGAAGAAGAACUAACGUGAUAAUGAGUUAAUGCAUGGUACUGUGUUGACUUUAUGGGAAAUCUAAGUAUUACAAAUUUCCCUGAUUGAUAGAUGUUUUUUUUUUUUUAAUUUUAUUUUAGUCUCUUAUGGAUUAAGCAGGUGUGUAUCAUGCCAUGGAAUUAAAACGAAACAUUAUAAACAAAGUUCUGUAAAGGGUGUGGGGGGAGGGGGGUUUACGUACGUUAUUUUUUCUUAAUAGCAAUGCUUGAGUGCGUGAAGAUUAACAGACGAUGGCAGUGCUGUAAAAGUUGUAGUUGUUGUCUUCAUAUAUAAUCACCCAGCUUAGCGUUUAUGCUGAUGUUCAUGUAUCUGUACGGAUGUGUACAAGUAUCACACGAAGGAGAAGAAAAAAAACGAAAAAUCUAACGACAGAGACAGAAUUAGCUGAGAGGUCGAUGAGGAUGUGGUCUGUAUUAUUGUAAAUAAAGCAAGUCCACUAGAUUCACAUCAACUCAGUGUUUUAUGAGCAACGCGAUUUCACACAGCAUUCCUUACCUCCGUGUUCGCUUUCUAAACCCCGCCUGUGCAUCCUAACAUCAACUCAUUUUACUUACUUCAUUUCAGCUCCGCCCACUCACGUUAACCCCUUUUCCUUUCAACCUCGUCUACUGCAUUAACCACGCCCCCAUCCAACCUCACGUCCAUCUUAAAUUUCAUUUCUUACCUUAACUAUGCUUUAUGCUUUAACAUGAUCCCUUGCUUUACCUCCAGCCCUAAUGCUAACCUUGUUUCGUCUCUUGCUUUAACCCCGCCCCUCACUCACUCCUACGUAGCCUUCACCUAAAUAUUCACUCUAACGCUGUCUUCUUCUUCUCGCUCAAGCCUUGAUUCUUCAGACAGACCCCACCUCCUCUUUUACUAUGUAACUAGCCCCACCCUGCCCCUGCUCCACACCCUAACCCCACCCACACCAGUCAUUACCAGUUGUAAGUGUUCCUACGCAACAUCUUUUGUGGAUUUGCGAGUUGAACGAGAUGUGUAACAGUCACGUGCUAAUUCUGUUUCUGUGUUUUCUCCCAGCACAUCUACACCCUAAACGCUGUGUGUUGUAUCGAUAAUGCAUCAACUGAGUGCUUUUAAUAACUGCAUUCUGGAGGAGUUUAGCGAAGAGAGCCUGCAUAGCUUCUCCUUCCAAACAGCUCGAUUACUUGAAUCUUUCAUUUUCACAACAGCAUUUUUCUGUGUUUAAAUUUUAGUUAAAGAAAUGCAGUAAAAUCACAUCAGUUUGUGUUGAAAAGGUGUGUAUGUGUGUGUGUGUUUUUAUUUUCUUUUUACCGUCCUUUUAGGCCCAAUCCGGUCUGAGCACAGAGCUGAGUAGUCAAGGAUUACGUACCUUAAUAAUAAAAUUAAUGAACUUGAACUUGCAUCUCUCUUCAUCACUAGCGCAGAACCUUAAUUGCUGAGCUCCACUGCCCACUUCCUCAUUUCCUGCUAGUACAGGAAGUAAACAAUUGAUGUUGAAGCUGCUCUGUGUUUUUAUCUCCAGACUAAAUUCAUGAGAUUUUCAAAUGAUUAUGCAGUGGUACCUCAGUGGUUAAAGUUCUAUAUUAGUGACACAACGGGUUGUGAGUUCAAAUAUCCAGACUGCAUAAAGUCACUCUUUAUCCCUUGAGCAAAACCUUUAAUUACUACUAUUAUUAAAGUAGCCAGUAAUUGCACAGGAAAAAUAAAGAUAGCUUUCUAGGAAAUCAUUUGAAAAAUGUAAAGUGAAAAAAUGUCUGAUAUUUUAUGUUUUAAAAGUUGCCCAAAAAUGUAAUUAGAGAACAGAAAAAGUCAUAGACAUCAUCAAGAAAUCAAGAUUGUGUGGGCCCACUUGCCCCUCCUCUCUGUAAACCAUCCUAAUAUCAUGACCUUCAUUUGCAUAUUUGGAACAUGAUUGGCUCUUAUCAUUUAUGACGCAAUAAUUCUUGCUUUUAAUGAGUACAACACUAACUCAAUUUCAGGAAGUUCAGCUUUCCUGUUUCAUAAAAUAAUCUGGUAAAAUGUGGUGUAUACCGUUUAGAGCAACUUUAAUUAUUACUAUUAUUAAUGAUGACAAUAGUUCCCAUGUUGUUUUUACGUGUGUUUUCUUGCCAACUGUGAACAAUAAAACAUUAAAAGUCCA